ACUGCAGCCCCCACAACAACUGAAGCCCUGACUACAACUGCAGCCCCCACAACAACUGAAGCCCUGACUACAACUGCAGCCCCCACAACAACUGAAGCCCCGACUACAACUGCAGUACCCACAACAACUGCAGCCCCCACAACAACUGUAGCCCCCAGAAAAACUGAAGCCUUGACUACAACUGCAGCCUCCACAACAACUCAAGUCUUGACUACAACGUCAGACACCACUACAACUGAAGCCCUGACUACAACUGCAGCCCCCACAACAACUGAAGCCCUGACUACAACUGCAGCCCCCACAACAACUGAAGCCCCGACUACAACUGCAGCCCCCACAACAACUGCAGCCCCGACUACAACUGCAGCUCAAACAACAACUGAAGCCCCGACUACAACUGCAGCCCCCACAACAACUGCAUCCCCCACAACAAUUGUAGCCCCCAGAACAACUGAAGCCUUGACUACAACUGCAGCCUCCACAACAACUCAAGUCUUGACUACAACGUCAGCCACCACUACAACUGAAGCCCUGACUACAACUGCAGCCCCCACAACAACUGCAUCCCCCACAACAACUAUAGCCCCCAGAACAACUGAAGCCUUGACUACAACUGCAGCCUCCACAACAACUCAAGUCUUGACUACAACGUCAGCCACCACUACAACUGAAGCCCUGACUACAACUGCAGCCCCCACAACAACUGCAACUGAAGCCCUGACUACAACUGCAGCCCCCACAACAACUGAAGCCCUGACUACAACUGCAGCCCCCACAACAAAUGAAGCCCUGACUACAACUGCAGCCCCCACAACAACUGAAGCCCCGACUACAACUGCAGUACCCACAACAACUGCAGCCCCCACAACAACUGUAGCCCCCAGAACAACUGAAGCCUUGACUACAACUGCAGCCUCCACAACAACUCAAGUCUUGACUACAACGUCAGCCACCACUACAACUGAAGCCCUGACUACAACUGCAGCCCCCACAACAACUGAAGCCCUGAGUACAACUGCAGCCACCACAACAACUGAAGCUCUGACUACAACUGCAGCCCCCACAACAACUGAAGCCCUGACUACAACUGCAGCCCCCACAACAACUGAAGCCUUGACUACAACUGCAGCCCCCACAACAACUGAAGCCCUGACUACAACUGCAGCCCCCACAACAACUGAAGCCCUGACUACAACUGCAGCCCCCACAACAACUGAAGCCCUUCCAAUAAUUGCAGCUCCCUCUACAACUGUAGCACCGACAACAACAGCAGCCUCCACUACAACUGAAACCCCCACUACAACUGCAGCUCCCACAACAACUGAAGCCACGCCUACAACUACUACAACUACAGCCUCGACUACAACAACUGUAGCCCCCACAACAACUGAAGCCCAAACAACAACUGCAGCCCCCACUACAACUGCAGCCCCAACUACAGCUGAAGCCCCGACAACAACUGAAGCCCAAACAACAACUGCAGCCCCCACUACCACUGAAGCUCUGACUACAACUGUAGCCCCC